CUCGGCACAAGUUGAAGAUCGUCUUCAUUUAGUAUUUAUGAAGAGGGUCGGUGUAGAUUGAUUUUAGUUUCUAUGGAUUAUGUUGGCAUAAGAGAAUUUGUUGUUUUUUUUUGAUUUGGCGUUACAGCUAAACUAUUCUGUAUAGGCCACUUGUCAUGAUCGUACACCGUUUGCACACACAUGACUUGCGGUGAAAGCCAAAAUAGGAGAUUCGUUCAAGAAAUGAAUGUGUCGACUCCGCAUGAAUAAUCAGCCAAUUUUGUGGACGAUGGAAAAGAUUGAGAUAUACGAAUAAUAGAUAAAAAAACAAACAAAACAUAAAAAAUAGCAAUUUAAAAGUAUACCAUCAACCGAGGUUUGGUUGUAUUGAUGAAACAUUUAUUUGGACUUGUGUUGAGUUCACAUGUAGAGUGUAAUGUUUUCUUUUUUUGGAGUACUUCAUUGAAAAAUCUGCUUUAUUAUGAUGGAGAAACUAAAGUCUGUGUGAUGUAAUUAAGCAAGAAAUCAAUUCACAUGGAAACAGUUAACUGACAGUACGUCAGCCUCACGGAGUUAAAAUGUAUGUAACAGGACUGGAUUAGAGUGAACUCCUUUCUUGGCUGGCAUUUCUAACGUGGGAUUUAGUUUGACAGAUGGAUAAGGAUUUAUUUAGAAAACAUACAAUGAGUUUAAAGAUAAUGAGCUUCAUAACGUCCUGAGAAGCUAGAGAUCAUGAAGAAAUGACAAUAACGACGGCGUUGGUCGCCCGACUUUCUUGUGCUGCGCCCUCCCUAUCUCUCGCGCCCUGCCCCCGACACUUUGACAUCAGCGAUGACGUAACUCUGCUGAAGACUUAGUACUGCCAUCGGUCACGUUUGGCGAUUCAGUCGCUGGCCUCAAGGUAUGGGUGACAUGAUAUGCCAAUUCUUGCUCCAAAAUCUGAUCGAUGAGGCCUCUUCAAUCCUGACAGCAAGCCUGAGCAUUUCUUUUCUUCAACUAUUAAUAUUUCGGAAGUUUUCUCAAAGCUCUUUCAAGUUGGUCAACUUUUCGAUAUAUACAGACAACACAUCAAUCAAUUGGUAGGAACAGUGAUUGAAAAAUAUAUUUUUGUCCACGAUCAUAUAGGACACAUGCAUUUUUCCAUGAAGUUGUCGCUCUUGCCAAGAGGUCAUGAAGUCAUCUUCCUUGAAUCGUCUAUGAAUUUUUCAACCACAAAUACAAACUCUAUUAAGACGUAGUGAGAACGCUUCAUCGUAACUCACGUCCUUCAAACGUACGUAUGGACCCACCUUAUGGCUUAAUCAACGUACGUAUGGACCCACCUUAUGGCUUAAUGUUGCGUUAUCAUUCUUGAAACGCAGUACACUGAGGCUAGGCAGAAAUGCUUUGUUUAUAUAAGGAUAUUUGACAUGUUCGGGUAUUGGCAAUUCAGUCAGCCCACAGGCUGUGUGCUUGCUACUAAGCGGAUCUAUUUUUACGCUUCACAUUGGUGAGUAGUGUUUGGGUGAUCUCACUGGUGAAUGAGCGGCAACAACUCUCUCCCCUCCCACUCUCUCUUGUUUUGCCAGAAUUAUCUCCCCUCUACCUUUUUUUCCCUCUCCCCUUACUUCCCCCUCUCCCCCUCCCCCGGUGCAUUCUUGUUCUCGCUUUGAGCAUUGGAUGAAUAAAACAUAGAGCAAGAGAAGAAAAUAGAGACAUGUAUAGUGUACACCUUAGAAUGUACAAAGUAGCGUACAAGCCAAAAGACCAUCCCCCCCACUCUCAAAUAAAAUGUUGAUAAAAUAAAGAGUCACGAGAGGAGGGGAGACAUAAGGAGAAGGCCAGGAAAAACAUAUUUCUGCCUGAGUGAAUGACCAAAUAAUACUUUGAGUGUGCGUGAGAGAUGUCAAGGAAGGUCAGGGAGGAUGUCGGGGAGCGGCUGAGGAGGGGAAAGUCCCAAGACGGCGGUCAUGUUAGCGUCACACACGCACGUAACUCGGCGAACUUUCUUAGUCCCGACGCGUCGCACGGCCUGACCAGCUUGGAGAGAGCUCCCAGUCUGAACCGUCUUCACGCUCAGAGCUCCACCGAGACCAGCGGUCUAGGAGAAACGGUCACUUCCGGGUUUUCAAGCCAGGAGAGCGUUCACAGUUUCGCCGGGGAUGAGAAGGAGAGAGAAGGAAGCGGCAAACCGUGGGAGAGAUCCACAAAGCGGGGCGGCGGGGGCAGCAGCCCCGGGAGUCUGGUCAGGCCCACUGCUGACUACGAAUACGUAGAUAAAGAUGGUCAUCCGAGCGGAGGUGCUCGCCAGCAACCUCAUCUUCAUCAAACGUCACAUCAUCUUCCUGGACCCAAGUACGUGACUUUUUCAAAGUCCAGCCAACGGCCGGAGCCGAUAGGGCAUGUUAUUAGGGACCAUGAACGCUCAAAGAGGUUACACUCUUAUGGACAAUCAACUAACGAUCAAGGAAAUUCCUCUCGUCACUAUAGAGAAACUGGUGGAAGGAGCUUGACUCCCCAACAGGCUAAAGAUGAACAAGAUUCUCGUCGGAAACAAAUUCACCGUACAGGGUCUGAUCAAAGAAAAUCGGGCAGCGGUUCUAGUGUUGUAGACACACAGCCCAACCGUCGUCCUGAUUUAAGUGACAGGAAAAAGAGCGGAGAAAUUAUAGAGCUGCAAGACAGAUCUUUUUCUUCUAGGGAAAGAUCGUCGUCAGCCGGAAGUAGUUAUCCCGAGUGUGACGUCAGAAGGCGAUUACAUUCGUCCGGCGGAAGUCGGGAGAGUAGCAUUACAGAAGCGGAUAGGGAGUAUCAGCGACAGAGCUCGUCCGGCGCCAAGGCUGAAAGGGCUUUUGUUGUCGUCGGCCGCACUCGUUCGAAUAGCAAAGAUGGGACCACCGGCCCCUCUCCCCCAAGUGUGAGCACCCGGUCUCACAGUAAAGACCAUACGUCAGGUGCGACAGCUGUUCGGUCAAACAGCCGGUUAGCCAGUAAGGAUAACACUGCAAGUGCACCAGCUGUUCGUAGAUCAAACAAUCGUGACGCUGUAGACACGCUCACGACUACACGGGCCAGCUCGAAAACAAACCAGAAAGAAGGUGGUCUGAUCAACGUGAGAACCAGCGCCGAGCGAACCAGCAGCAGGGAAAGCGUUCAACACAAUUUAAAUGUCAGCGGUGUCGAAGGGGUGAGUAGAGAAAAACUCGCAGCCGAAUUAAACGCCAGAGAACGUGAGAAAAGAAGCAGAAGUAGGGAGCAGUCCAGAUCUCAGUCCAGUAGCUCCAGGACUAACUCUGACGAGCACCACGAGUCCAGUGGUUCUAGAAAAAGUUGCGACACGGUGAGACUCAAAAGUCAGUCCCAAGACUCGAAACUUAACUCGGAGGACGAGAGCGUUUUCGUCGAUGCAAGAAAACCGAGUAAAGAGCAAGUCACCAAGCCUGUUCUAGAACCUACCAGCCAGGUGAGCGUGGAGAUCACUUCAAGGCGAAAUCGGUCUUCAGCCAUUUCCGAAAGCGGUCAGGAUACAUUCACAAACAGUAAAGGUGUCGGUGAUAUUAAACCUGGGGAGGAUAGAUCCCAGACGCGCACAAAGGUCACCGAGGAACAACGGAUACACAGCUCGAAACUGCGGCGCGUAGACUCCAGGGUCCCAUAUGAAAGACAGAGGAACGAGCAGACGACUGAGAAGCGAGAACUCAAAGAAGUGAAGAGUGAACAAAAAGAAUGUAAAUCAGACGCUACUGUAAGAUUCACGGAGAAAUCAAAGCCAGCUGACGAAACGAGGCGCUACUCUCACAGAGAUUCAACAGAGAAACGGGAAGGUUCUGUUGUGCCUCAAAAAGACGUCCAACUCAAAUCAACCAGGUCGAAUUCUCAAGGGCAGAACAGAGCGAAAAACGAUAAGGUAAGGUCUGAGCCGAAGAUUUCCGAUUCUACAAGUUCAGCAUUGCGCUCAGCUCGACGUGUUUCGGAGAGUGAUUUCAUCGAAAGACCCGAUCGUUUCCGAAGAACCCCUGAUGAGAUCGUCCUUUCGAAAACGGAGCAGCUAAAAUUUUCGGAUAACGAGAGCAGAGUCAAGCGUACAGAGCAUGGCGCACGUCGUGUUUCGGAUAACGAAGAGCAGUUUUCAGUCUACGACGCCGAAAUAGUAAAAUCGGACGUGGACGAGGAAGAGAAAAGCAGCAUGGAUUACGAUCUUUUCUUUCACCAAGCCAGCAGAGGUGUUAACGGAACUGGAGGUGGCGGCGGAGGCUCCGGUUACAGGGGAUACCCUCUCGUGCUUGAUGGAGGGUACUCGUCGCCGUCUCUAAGACGAGAGGCGCGGGGUCAAUUCGUGUUACCCCAGAACAACAUCAACGGGAACAACGUGCACACGUCUGGGCUGAGGCCUGGCGCCGAAGGAGCGCGGGGCGUGCCGAACGUUAUUGGGCCGGAUUUUCCUGCCCCGAACACCAGAAGUGCCCACUACACGAAAUUCCAGGUGCCAACUACUCCUAUGGGACCUAUCCCCACAGUUCAGUUGAUCGCCUCCCCUGAACUGCCGGGGUACAACAUAGAUGCCCUUCACAAUGAAUGGGAACGCCGCGGCAGUAAAAGCUCCAUCCGCAGCUACACCUCCAACAAGAGCUCCGGCCCCAAGUUUCUCGGCGUGACCACCGAAUCCGCCUGGACGAAGUGGUCAAGGGACCGCCGGGCCAGCUACCGGAGGCGGCUGGAGAAGAUGGAGAGGUCCGAAACGAUCGACAACGAUGUAGUUCGAGUGUCUACGCCGAUCAAAAAGGCUCGACAGGAAGGGCUGAAGUUCGUCCAUCCCGACCUGGAGGCCAGGUAUCUCUCCGAGGAUGAUCUGAAUGAACUCCGGCGGCACAAGCAGCAGCAGGUGCACGUCAUGAGGGUCAUCGAGAAGAGCCGGAAGAACAAGUUCCGCAUGAAGACAGAGGUCAAAUUGACCGCGGAGCAGUGGCAUGCGCUCCAGGAGUUCUGGGAGCAUACCAUGUUUGUUCGCGCGAGAUACCUGGGACUAGUGGUGAGCAUGUUGGCGCUGAUUUUUCUGAUUGUCUCCAUAGCAAAGAACGACUGGAUGACUCACGGCACAUGGAAUAUUACAAUAGUGGAAGGUUUAUGGAUGAAUUGUACCUAUACAACAAUGACAUCCGGCCUAGUCACAGAGUGCCAGUUUUCUCAUGGAAGAAAUUGGCAAAAUGCAGUCAUUGGUCUGAUGAUAUUCGCAGCAACAUUUGGCUUUCUUGCUUCGGUGCUUUCCAUGUGCGGUGUCUGCACAAAUCCUCUCCCCAGGAAAAUUUAUUACUUCCAUUCUGCGGGAGAAAUAUUUCUUAUUUCUGCUCUCAGCGCCAGCAUUGCUCUACUGAUAUUUCCUGCUGCUAUUGAAAUGGACAAAACAAUCAAAGGUCAUCAGUACGGCGUGGGGUACGGCCUAGGAUGGGGUGGUGCCCUGUUCUUUUUGGCGGCCGCCGUGUGCAUGAGCCUGGACGAUAUAGUUCGCCAGUCUUCCCGGACCAAGUGCUGCAAAUGGUGCUGGAAAGGCAAAACCAACGACAGAAACCAGUUGCGGCAGGUUUGACCUUUGCUGACGCAUAGAGACUAUUAAAAGACAAUGCAAAGCAUGGUUUGGAGUUUUCUUGGGUUUUGUACGGAACAAUUCUUGUGAACUGAAGAAACUGGGACUAAAAAAAUAUUAUCAGCAUUUUAAUAAACGCUACAAAAAUUCAAUUCCUGUGUUACAGAAGCCGUUGCAUCAUCAUAAAUGAAUAGUGUGUUGUUGUUUUUUUCCCUCAAAUAGUUUGCAGACGAACAAUAACAUCUGAAAGAACAUAUAGAUUUAGUCUGCAUGUAGACACGACUGUAGUGUGACGUUACAAGAGACACUAGAACUGUGCCAGAUUUCUUUGCAUUCUGCAGUGGGCUUUUUUUUUUGUAUUUUACAACCUAUCUGCAUACAGAAAUAAUGAAUAAAUAUUUCUAAGAUUUGUUUAUUAUUUUUUACAGAAACAAACAGAAACAAUAUGUAUAAACAUUUUCGUCACAUUUAAUUCACAUAAAUAUCGGCAAUCGUAGAUAUAAUUUAGGCUCUUUUCUAAAAUUAUUGUCUGUAGUCUAGUAAACUAGACUAUUUCAAAGAGUUGUUGUGGAGUCUAUAAUAGACAUUUCAUAAUUAAAUCUCUUUACUUUUAAGAAGUGAUGUUAAUGAGUAAGGUUUAAACAAUUACAUGUAGAUCAAUAUUUCUUACAUUUAGAUCAGUAUUUCUCAACCUUUUACUUGUGAUGUUCUCCCUCCCCCCUCCCAAUAAAAAAUGUGAAGGUAAUGACACCUGUGUACAUCUGAAAAGGUAGUGAUUAUUACAAGAUCAUGCAACUUUGUGCUAAACAAGGUCUCUUGAAAGUUUUUUUUUUCUCAUAAAACACCGCUCAACAGAAUAUGGUACAACACUUCAGAGAAAUUGGACCAAUUAACAAAUCUCCUUGGAAGAGAUGUAUUGAAAAGUCAUUUAUAUGAGAACUUUUUUGAGUUGACAUUUUGCAUCUUAUGAAAACAAGAUUAUAUGACGUCACUUAAAGUUACAUAUUUUUUGGCUCAGCAAUAUUCAAAUAUUAAUUUAUUCCUACAAAGCAAACUUAUUUCUGUCCCUUAAAAAAAACAUCCCCAUUGUACAUUCUUGUCAGACAACCCAUCGUGUCUCUUAGGUUGGGAAACACUUAUUUAAAUAUCAAUUAACUAAACCUAUUUUUUAAAGAACAUGCAAAAAGAAGAAAAAAAAACUUUUGUGGGAAAAAGGUAGGACUGAAAUAUUAUCUUAUCUUAUAUAAUACAGACGUUACUUCAUAAAAGAAGAUGAUUACGUCCUACGCGUCAUGCAUUUAGUCAUGCAUAUUAACCAAUAUUUGUAAUCAUAUUUUGUUUUUUUCCCACUGGUAAAAUCCCAGGGGUGCAAAAGUAAUUUAAAAAUCUAUCUAGAAAUUUCAAAAACUUUGAAAUUUGUUUCCUUCUCAAUUUUCCAAUUAAAAAAGAAAAACAAAUUGAAAACAUUCAGUAGCAAAGCUAUUACUACUUGGAAGUAUUCUACCCAGAAUUUAUUAAAGCUAAAAAUAAAUAUGAUCAUCUAUAAAGUUUGUUCACACACAAACAAAUGAAGAUGGGUCUUUUUUCUUUUUUGUUAGUUUUAUUUCAAUGGCUGUGUUUCCACAUUUUUGUUUCUUUUUCUUAUGAAGUUCUCUUCUGUCUUCUAAGAAGUAAUUUUAUUAAGCCUUGUGAAAAGGAUGGCUGACUAGUCAUGUUGUAUGCGCUUUGGGCUGUUGUCAUGAUGGUCCUGAGUUCUAACACUGCUAAGGCGUAAUAAAUCAUCACUUCUGAAGGAACAUUCAAAUCUUGUAAACCAAAAUGAGGCAGCACAUAGUGCACACAGGAACUGCAGCAUUCUAGUUGUUGAGUUUUUUCAUGCUAGCAAUGGGCACAAAAACUUAGUUGAAAUAGUUCAAAUGUCUUUUUCUGUGGAGUAAAUUUUAGAAAUGAUAAAAUACUUUCUUUAAACAUGAAAAGACCAGUUUCCGAGUUUUUAAUUAUGUAUAGAAUAUAGACUCAGUUAGAUUGGAAAAAAAAAAAGGACCAGAAAUAGUUUUCUUUUAAUUUUAAACUUUACUUACUCUAAAAAACUCUUGCAGCUAUCAAGACGUAUUGAUAGAUAUAAGACAAAAUAUUAGAAAAUAUAUAUUUCUUCCUAUCAGCUGACCAAUAUAUAUAUAUAUAUAUAUUUUCUUGAUAAGCAUUAAUAUUUUUUUUUUUUUUUUUUUUUGUAGACCUUGUUUUCAAAUCAUUGCAUGUAAAUUCAUAAAUCACAUUUCAUUUCUUUCAAAUGGCUAAUGUAUAUUAUUUAUCGCAAUUUAUAAUUUUAUAUUAAAUUUUUUAAAAUACAUCUAUGUAAAAUAUUAUUUAAUAUAAUGCAUUUACUAUAAUAUAUUUUGUUCUUUCUAGAUUGAAACACCCACCCCCUUCUUUAGUUAUCACAAAAAUCAUUGACUAAAAAAUAUGUAUUGUUUCCUGCCAUUUUCACAAACUUUUCAGCAGAUUAAUUAAUGCUAAGUCAGUGAAAAGCUUCUACAUUAAGUUGCUAUAGAUUUACCUAAGUUAAAUAUUCAGUUGAGAUAUUUCCUAGAGAUUUGUUCUAAAUGUUCAAACAGUGACCAAAUCGGAGGACAUUUAAAAAAAAAGAUAUUACAAAAUUAGUUAUCAUUCCAGAGUUUUCAUUUUCAUUGACUGUGUGAACUUGUUGACUCAAAUAUUUGUUUGACAACUUUUGUUUACCAAAUGUACCAAUAAUCAAUUGUAAAAUCUGUGAUUUUAAAGACACUGUGAUUUGUGUUCAUCUCUAGAUGCUGUGAUUUGAAGAAGCACAUUGUCUUGGCAUUCUGCACAUUCUUGAUAAGAUUCUAGCAAAUAUCUCAAUCUUUUUUAUGAGAUGAUAAUUUGUAUCGAUUCAAGCAGCAUAAAAGUGCAAAGUCAGAGAUAAAAAGUGAGACGCUAGCUGUGGAUGAAUGUGAGUGAGAAUUGAAACAAACUAAGCAAUUCAAUCAGUAAAUUUUCAAGCUCACCUGUAUAUCUUUACUUGUGAUCAAUGUAUUUUUUUUCUAGAUGCUGAUACUCAACACAUUAUAAAUAUUCACCUUGACUUUGAUAAUUCCAAUCUGCCAAUUUUAUCCACUAGCCACUUCUGCCUUUUAUCCACUAUUAAGCCACCACUUACAAUGCCUUUUUAAUUUGUAUAUGAUACAUGCAUGCAUUGUUUUCCUUUUUCAAAAUAUUACUUUUAACAUAAUGUGAUUAUACAUAGUUCAGUGACCCACUGUUUACAUUUUUUAUUUACCCAUUUCUUAUAAUAAAUACUAUAAUUUAUUUUGGACAUAGAUUAUGUUAAGGUCUGUUAAAGAUACUUUUUUUGUCUGAACUAAAAUUGCUUUGAAAGCUAUGUUUCAUAUUAACAUUAUGAUUUGCAUUAUUUUAAAUUGUAUUUAACUUAAAUUAUAAAAUGUAUGCUACUUGAGAAGAGGUAUGAAUACUUUUAAUUGGGGCAAUAUUUGGGAAUAACAAGAAAAUUAGUAAGUCAGAUUUAAGGUCAGUUAUGAAGUAGUUAAUAAAACAAUCAAAUGAAAAAGACAAACUAAAAUAUUCUUUAAUUUAUUAUUAAUAAGAUUAUUUAUAAAAGUGAAUUGUUGAGAGAAAUUUCUAAAUUUUGACAAACUGCCACUAAAAAGUACAUAAUUUUGAUGUUUAGAAAUCAAUAAAAAUAUACCUAACUUAAUUCUUCAAUUUCCAUUAUAUAUUGUUUUAGAAAAAAUUCAGUAACAAUAUAAAACUUUAAUGCUACUUAAUCUUACUGGAAUUUGUAUUUUCUGUUUAAAUUUUAGGUGACUCUUGAUAAUCCAACAGUUAUGAGACUGAAAUGGUGUUGGAUUGCCAAAAAUGUCAGAUUACCAAAGGUUAUAUUUAUGAUGUAAUAAAAUAUUCUCUUAGAUUUUCAAGGGUAUAAAAUAAAAAAUAGAAGAAAAAGAAAAAUGUAUUGAUCUAAAAAAAUACAAAACCUAUGAUUUCAACUUUCACAUACUGUACUAAAUAUUUAUUAAUACCUACCUACAUUCUAAAAAUAUUUCUACCACAGUAUACAUUUUCAUGAACUUAUGUUGUACUGCAGUGGAUUACUGAGUGUCUCGAAUGAUGUAGUGUUGGACUAUCAAGAGUCAAAAACAACUUGGAUCAUUUACAAAAAAAGAAGAGAAACUUCUUAAUGUAGUUUUGUCAUUGCUGAAUUGAAAUUGGAUAUAAACCAUUCCAAUAUCCUCACCAUCACUACACUCCAUGUAAGUAAGGGCUUGAUACUCACCCAGGUAUAAUUUCAUUUUUAGGUCUAGAUAGCCUCCACCAUGGGUAGGUCCAGAUCAGGGCAUCUCCAAGGCUGCAGGUUUUUGAGAUUUGUCUUACAAAACUCAACUUUCUACUUUUAUCCAGACUUAAAGAUCCAAAUGAUAGAUGAAAUAAAAAUGUUUCUAGGUAAAUACAUUGAUCAACAAUAUAUAUACUAAUACAUACACAGGAAUAGAAAAAAAAAUAUUCUUAGAAAUAUAACAAAUACCAUAGAAGAAUGCAUUUAAAUAGUGUAAAUUUAAAGAAAUGAGACUAGAAGUUUUUGUCAUAUAAAAGUAUUUUUGCUAAACAUACAUACUAAAUCUAAUUUAAAAUGUACCAUGAAGAAAAAGUAGGAAAUGUUAAAUAUAGAUACCAACUUUGAAAAAUAUAGACACUUCCAUAGUGAAAUUAUAAAUUUUACAAACUUAAGAUAUUUUAUUUCUUGAUUUAUUUAUUUUUAAACGAAGUUGAUUUCUUUGCAAAGUCAUGCAAAGAUGUGGAAUAUAAAAUCUAGCUCUUUCUAACCAAGGCAUUUUUUAUUUUUAAACUAAAGAACAAACUGUUCAGACCUACCCAUUAUGUAGUAACUGAAAAUAUAUUUUUAAUUCAUUCCAGUACCAUACUAGUAAUAAUAAAGAUAAAUAGUGUGUUUUUUUUAAUUUGUAAUUAGUAAUUUCAUCUUAUCUUUAGGCAAAUAAUUAACAAUAAAAUGUCUUCCAUAUGUUAAGAAAGGGAGUACAUGUUUUUUAUUUCAUUCAGUUUGUUCAAAAUUAGAUUUCUUUUUCUAGAAAACAAUAUUAGGAUUGUAUAUUGGAGUUAUAAAAAAUAUGGAAUGCACUGAUAUAUUAACAUUACCCCUCUCAGAAUGUGUAUAAUUGUCAAUCUCCUAUUAUGAACUAUUACAAUUUUUAAAUAUUCUUUUUUCAACUUAUUUUUUGAAUAUGAAAGCUCAAAUAAAACUUUUUCAUUUAAAAAAAAAUAAUUCCAACUCUUCACAUAUAUAUUAUUUUUUAUCAUUUUUCUUUAAAAAUUUAUAUACUUUUUUGUUUUAAAUGAUAGAGAAUUGUGUAUAUGUUAUCAGUUGGUUACAGAGAAGGAGACUUAUGAACAAUGGCCAAGAGCAUUCAGUUGGGGAUUUAGUGGAAGCUAAAACAUUUUUUAUUUUACUAUAACAGAACAAGCAUGUGGAGAUCUUUUUAUCUUUAUGAUGUUUAUAAAGCACAAUCCUUGGAAAUAUAAAAAUAUAAAUUGUGAGCCGCCACUCAUUCUGUUUAGUACUUGGUUGGGGAUGGGGCACUGGUGGUGUUUUGUUGAAUGCAAAGGAAUACAUCACAUGACAUCUGUCAAAGCAUUAAGGCAAGGCAUAUAGGUAUAAUCUUAUGAGAGCCCCUUUGUGGGUGGUCCAAAGCAUUGAAUGCUUCCAGUUCAUAUAUAUAUAUAGAACUUGUUGGCCUCCCUGAAGAUAGCUGCAAAAAGAAAUCUGAUGAUUUCCCUAAAUCUUGUCUUUGUAACAGGGGGUUCUCUUUAAGGUGAUCAAUGACAUAAGUGGUAAGGCAGAGAGCACACAUCCCUCUUGCUGUAAGAAAAUAGAAUUCUUCAUGGAAUCUGUAGGUCAGUGUUGAAUUAUAUGAUGUAGAUGUCCCUAAACUUUCUUUUUUUUUUAAUAUAAAAAUUGUGAAUAUCCUUUUCAGUUUUGACCCUGAUUAUGUAAUGAAGGUCCUAGUAAGAUACAUGGAAGUUAAUUUAGUAAUUAAGGAGAUUAUCUUUUAGAAAUAGAGUUGAGGAGGUGAUUUGUUAGAAGUAGAGCUGAUACAUUAGCAUAAGAUAAUGUCUUCUGCACUUGUUAUUUAAUGAUAGUUUAAUAAUAAUAAAAAUGUAGGUGUAUCAUACAUAAAAAAAACAACAUUAAUCUGACUUAUUAAUUAGAUAUGCAACAACAUCUUUUUAAGUGAAAGUAAUAAAAAAAAAGUUAGAUGAACCUUCUGUUAAUGUGCAUUUCAAAACCAAAGUUCCUUUUUUUUUUUUAUUUUGUUUGGAUGAUGUGUGUGGGGGUGUUUGAGCAGUUCAUUUCUUUACACCACUGACAUGAUGCUGCCUUCCAUUUAGUUUCAUACUUUUCUACACUGCCUGAGUUGAUUGGAGCCAUUCCUUUUCCUUGUUACAAUGUAUUUAUUACUUAUGAUCAGUAUGCAAAGCUAGAUUCGCUUUCUUCUUCUUUUUUUAUUAUUUUAGCAAAAAGUAUUUUUUAACACACCCUGUGAUUUAUUUGCUUUGACAUUUCCUAACUUACACAAACAAUAGAUAACAAUAAACAAACUAGAGAUCAACUCUUCGAUGUGUCAGAAAUUCAAGUAAAAAAAAAAAGGAUAAACUCUAAAUUUUCCACUACUUGAUAGAUGAAAACAUAAGCCUGGUCUGGGAUAAUAAGAGACUGUUGCCCAAUAAAGGGUAAUUGACAAAGAGAAAAAAUAAUAUCAGUUUUUAUGAGCCUAUCUAGAUGAUGUAGUUCCCCCCCCCUUUUUUUUUCAAGGGAGGUUAUCUGUGAAUCCUGGUGAUCAGUUUGUCUCAGUUGUCAACCUCUAAAUGCAACACAAUCUACAUUCCAAAAACAAAAAAUAAAUAAAUUUAAAGGAAUCUGAUAUGGAUAUACUGGAUUAUAUGUGGAAUUUUGUCUUUUCUUCUAAUUAAUUUGUUAAAGUUUAAUUUUUAAAAUCUAUUUCAGCAUCAUUAGAUUAAUUAGCUGUUCUAAUGUUUAACCAUUAUAACACUUAUCUUGUCAGUACCACGAGGUGUUGUUACAAAAUGUCAAAUGCAAAUAUCUGAACAUUUUCUGUAAUAUCUCCUUUCCAUAUUUUAGCAAAUGUCUCGUCAGCACUAGAAUCAUUCCUGUUUCUUUACCAAGAUACCCAGGCAAAAUAUGCACUUAGAAGUAAUUGGAAGUACUUUUCAUUUUUUUUGUUUUUGUUUUCUUAUACUUCAAAGGCAAUUACUAGUUACAAUAAAGCAUGUUUUUAUACAAAAGAGAAGUUCUACUUUUAGAGCAACAACCUACAAUGCUAUGGUGGUACCAUUCAAUCAAAAUUAGGUCUUUUUGUUUUUUUGUAACAUGAAAGAAGAAAAAAAAAUAUCCUCCUGCUCAGCCAGCUUCAAGCACAUCAGUAUUGGUUGAAUUUGAAAUGACAGACAUGAACUUUGAAAAUGUAACUAAUUCUACUUUUUUUAAAAAAUUUGUUUGAUUUAGUUUAUGAAGUAGUCUGUGUAUAUAUCAUAUAUAUUAACUACUCUGUAAUCCACUAUACUAUUUAACAACAAAUUAUACUAUGCCAAUACAAAUGUAUGAAUAAUUAUUAUAAACUAUAUUAUUAAUAUUUUAAAUCACAUUUUUUCAAAUAUUUUGGUUUGCUUCAACUAAUAUAUAGUCACCAAUAAACGGGUCUUACUUCAUAUUUUUCCCAAAUUACAA